CGCCUGCGCACUUGACUGAUGGUCUACGCGACGUACCUAAAAUCAUAUUGUGGAAAAUUUGAAGUUUGUUGUUUUAGUGACAACUUAUCCAUAAUUAUUUAUGAAAGCUUCGUGCUAAUUACCAUUCCAGGCGCGAGGCAGAAUAAUUCUGUAGCGGUCAGCCUGGAUGCGUUCAGUCACUAACAGUUCGAGCGGUGUACGGUAGCCAUCUUGGAUUCGAACAAAGCUUCAGAUGUGUAGUUUGUCUGUUUAUCAAUAAUUUUUGUGCAUUUCCCUGUAAAUAGUUUGUAUGUUUAGGAUAUGUACGGAACAUUCGUCCACAUGUGUAAAUAGCUAUGGCUGCGACAAGAAAAUUACAAGGUGAGAUAGACAGGUGUUUAAAAAAGGUCACAGAAGGGGUGGAGACGUUUGAGGACAUCUGGCAGAAGGUACACAAUGCGACGAACAGUAAUCAGAAGGAGAAAUAUGAGGCAGAUCUCAAGAAGGAGAUUAAAAAACUCCAGAGGCUACGAGAUCAAAUCAAGUCAUGGAUCGCUUCGGGCGAGAUUAAGGAUAAGAGUACACUUUUAGAAUAUAGGAAACUAAUUGAAACGCAAAUGGAGAGGUUUAAAGUUGUUGAAAGAGAGACGAAAACAAAAGCAUACUCUAAAGAAGGGCUAGGUGCAGCACAAAAGCUGGACCCAGCGCAAAAAGAGCGAGAGGAGAUGUCCUCGUGGCUUAUAACUUCUAUUGAUGCACUUAAUUUACAGAUUGAUCUUUUUGAGUCUGAAGUGGAAUCACUAUUAGUUGGUAAGAAAAAACGGCUGGAUAAAGAAAAACAGGACCGCAUGGAAGAGCUCAAAUUCAAACUAGAAAGACAUAGGUUCCAUAUAAAAAAACUUGAAACAUUAUUACGAAUGCUAGACAACAUGUCUGUGGAAGUUGAACAGAUAAAAAGAAUAAAGGAAGACGUUGAAUACUACAUAGUGUCAUCAUUAGAGCCUGGGUAUGAAGAGAAUGAGUACAUCUAUGAAGACAUCAACGGACUGGAUGAGAUUGAGCUAAGCGGAGUAGGGUUACCGUCAUCAGCCACUACAGACAGUAACAACAGCAACGACUCGCCCGGAUCACCCACUAGUAUACUCUCAGGAACGAGUCCAAUCGCGUCCCCGGCGUUAGACCUCCACAACCACGCGACGGACUCGAUAGACGUAGAUAAGAAGAAAAAAGAGGAGGUCACGACUAAACCGGUCAAACCGCUGCCGCUGCGGGUGACGUGCGGCGUCAGUAGUAGUCCGGCUAACGUUAGUUUGCUCAAUAACUCCGCCGCAUCCACGAAUAGUAUAAACAACACGUGCGCGUCGGGCGCGUCCACGCCCAUCAAGCAGCCCGCGCCGCCCUCGCCGCACCUCGCCAGGCCCAGCGAAGUAGUGGAGAAUGGGCCGGUGUCGAGCGCGCCGCUGCUGCCGGCCGCGCUGCCCGCGCACGCCGCGCUCGCGGCGCACGUGGCGCUCGCCGCGCACGCCGCGCCCAAAGCAGAAGAGCAGAUCGUCCACCUAAUGACAUCAAAAAGCGCGUCCUCGACGACACUCGCGUCGAGCGCGGCGACGUCGACCGUCGCGAGCGUGGUGACGAGCGCGCUGGCGUCGGGCGCGCCGUCGCCGCUCACCGUCAACGGGCCCACGCACGCGCUCGCGCACACGCCGCAGCACAUCGUCAACAAUGGGCGAGUGAGCGAGCCGCCGCUCACGCCGGCGCCGGCGGCGGCGGGCGGCGCGGGCGCGGGCGGCGCGAGCGCGGGCGGCACCGCGUCGCUCAAGAGCAUGGCGCAGGAGGCCGUGCAGCGCGCCGGCCUCGACCACCACCACGACCAGACUAGCGCGGCGCUGUCGCGGCGCGGCCUGGCGCUGUCGCAGGCGCACAUCCCGCCGCUGCUGGGCGUGGCGCCGCUCGGCCCGCUGCCGCUCAACAACGAUCACCAGGUGCAGUUCCAAAUGAUGGAGGCCGCGUUCUACCACAUGCCGCACCCGUCCGACUCGGAGCGCACGCGCGUCUACCUGCCGCGGAACAUCUGCCAGACGCCCGUCUAUUACAACCAGGUGCUGCUACCCCACUCGGACUCGGUGGAGUUCUUCCAGCGCCUGUCAACCGAGACCCUAUUCUUCGUGUUCUACUACAUGGAGGGCACGAAAGCGCAGUACCUAGCGGCCAAGGCGCUCAAGAAGCAGAGCUGGCGAUUCCACACAAAGUACAUGAUGUGGUUCCAGCGACACGAGGAGCCCAAGGUCAUCAAUGAGGAGUAUGAGCAGGGCACAUACAUAUACUUCGACUACGAGAAGUGGGGCCAACGGAAGAAGGAGGGCUUCACGUUCGAGUACAAGUACUUAGAGGACCGCGACCUCAACUGAGGCGCCGAAAACUAUCCG